CAGCUGAGGAAAUAAAGAUGUACGAAAUAAAUCAAAUGUCAAAAGUAACACUUAAUUUGACAGACCUUUACAAUUUAAGUGACCAGGAGUAAUCAAAAUAGGAUAUUUCAAAGUUGGAUUGGCUUACUGCAAUGUUAUUUAUUUUAAGUGCGUAAUAGUUUUUUCUAAAUACCUUAUUCGGUGUAGAUCUACUGUACUGUACAGUACAGUAUUUAAAUCGUUCUAGAUAGUAACCAAUACCAUCUGGUAGUAUUGUGAUUAGCAUCAUUCAUAGACUUUAGACGUGAUCGGACGAUGAAAGUCUUGUGGUAUUGUUAUUGAUUAUGGUAUGCGUGAUUGCUUCAGUCUUUGUUUGGUGGUCUAACUGAAUCAUUAUCAUCCAGUAAAAAGUUGUUGGGAGUACAAUUUGUCAAAAGUAUACGUACAUUAACUGAGCUACUAAGGCACAGAAAGUGAUAUCAUCUGACAGGAAGUGACAUCAUUAGACAGGAAGUAACAUCACUUUUGCAUCAUGGGGUUGAUGGGUCUAGAGUGGAUGUUUAUCAGUGUAUUCCUCGGCGCCGUGCUCAGACUUUUACAGAUAUUCAGCUUCACUGAAAACCCAUGUUUGUAUUUCAAGAACAAGAACUCUUUCGUUAAAAGCAUCCUUGAGAACUGUCCGAUUUUAACAUCAAGGUUCAAGCCAACACUGCUUUGGGGGAAGAGCGGGCACUUCCAGACUGUAGUGCAUGUGUUGAUGGGUAAGGUGAAGCCAAAAUGGCCGGACAGCAAGAGAUUCCACAUCAAGAUGCCAGACGGCGCUACCAUGUCAUAUGACCUGUUUGAUCCACAUGAGGAGGGAGAAAAAGCCCAGUUCACGCUAGCCCUGUGUCCUGGUCUUGCAAACAGCAGUGAGUGUACUUACCUGCGAAGGUUCUCAGGUCAUGCCCAGCAGCAUGGGUACCGAGUGGCCAUCUUAAACCAUCUCGGGGCUCUGCGGAGUGAAACACUCACAUCACCCAGGGUAUUCACAUAUGGUGGCACAGAUGAACUUUCAGUGAUGAUUGACCACCUGAAGGGCCAGUACCCCCAUACCAAGAUAAUUAUGGUGGGGUUCAGCAUGGGAGGUAACAUCGUGACGAAAUACCUUGGGGAAAACCCUACCCACCAAAAUGAUAUUCUGUGUGGGGUGGCGGUGUGCCAGGGCUUCGAGAUUAACCAUGCCAAGAACCUGUUUGUUCAGUGGAGCAAUCUUCGUAGAGUGUACACGUACCUGAUGACUCUAAACAUGCGCCGUCUGCUAUCGAGACAUAAACAUCUGCUCUUUAGUAAGGAGGCUCAAAAGUUAUUCGGCUGCUUCAAGGAAGACUGUGUGUUCAAUGCAACAUCUCUGUAUGAUAUUGACGAGAACUACAGCUGCAUCAGAGCUGGAUACAAGUCAGCACAUGAUUAUUACAAAGACAGCAGCUCAGCAUAUUACCUCAACAAUAUCCAGGUUCCGAUGCUGUUUGUAAAUGCCCUUGACGACCCUGUUUGUCCCCCAGAUCUGCUCAAAUACCCGAGGGAGUAUGUUGAGAAAACUGACAACUGUAUACUCAUAACAACUAAACAUGGCGGCCACCUUGGGUUUUUCGAAGGAGGAGUGAUUGUCCCGGAACGUAUCACAUGGCUGGAUCGAGUGAUUAUCGAGUAUGCUGAUGGGGUAGCCAGUGUGUAUCUCAAGGGAGAGCACCCUUCCCAGACAAUUGCAGUGAAGCAGGUUGAAGAGCUGUCAGAAAGGGAGAUAAUAAUUGAUAACUCUGAGGAUGACUCAAGGGAGGUAAUCUUGAGAAAAAGAGAAGUUAACCAGGAGUUCACGUUUGAGAGAGCAGUUAUUGACAAAGAGGUUGAAGAUAAAGAAAAACGUGAUACUCUGAAAAGGGGUGAGAUUAUACAGCAAGCAACGUCCAUUGUACAGUGACAUUGUAAACAGAUUAACAGAGAUUUAACACAAGGAAAGUAGAUAAGGCCUUGAUAGCAGCAUUCUCCUAUUAUCUGGUUGAUACAUCUUGAAAAUUUAACUCCUAAUUUGCUAUAUCUUGGCUGAGAGCAUUGUUAUUCUAAUUUUUGUUUUUAGAAAGUCGUAUUUUACUUACAUUAUUGGUCAAUGAUUUUUUUUAAUUUUGAAGUCUGUAAACCAGCCCACCUGAUGACUAUAAACAUAGCAUCGAUUUGCCAUGGCCUAAUGCGAUAUAAUAGUCUACCUAUAACUUAUAGUACAUCUUGCUUAACACAUAGAAUAGGCACAAAUGCAUAUUGAAAUUUAUUUUUUCUGUAUUUAUAGUCCUGUUACUUGGACAUUUUUGUGUUCAAAUACUUUACAUGUAAUAUUCUAUUAAGUGUAUGUUUUUUUAUUUAUUUUUAGUAUAUAGUUUUUUAUAUAUAAUAUAUACACAUUAAUUUUCAUAAUCUAGAUGCCAAUUUCUUCUUCUUAAAUCACAAGUGUUCCCUUGUACUAGAACCCCCUCGAAAUUACCAUUAGCAUGGUAGAUAUAAUAUAAUACAAAAGAUAAGAAUUCAAUAUUCUCAUAAUGUGAUUGUGACUUACCAGGUAAAUAAUGUUACGCUUGUCUGUUUGCAGAGAAAAAAUGAAGGUAUUGAUAGCUUUGGUCUCGUUGUUGGAGUCAGGGUCCAAAAACUCACCCAUAACUUAAAAGUCCUAUGCAUAGUAUUUAUGUCACUGAAAAUGAUACUUUUUUACUAAUCUAAAAUUGUUAACCAUGUUCAUGUUUUUGUUACAAUGUUAUGACAAUACUCUUGUAACAUUUGUGAUUAAAGUGUUUUUUUAUUGUCAGUUGUUCCCUAGUUGUUAGUUUAUGACUGUCAAUCCGUGAUGUCUAUCUUAAAUCAAUUUCAUUUACUGUUUGUCUUUAUAAAAUAUGUUUAUGAAAUAGUUAAACCCUUUUAGUUAAUGUGCUUUAAAGUUCAAAAUUUUAAGCAUAUUGGAUUUACUUGUAUAAUUUAUUUUUUAUAAAUAACUUACUUAAAAACUCACUGUGUAUAAAUUUUUUUAACCAAACGUAAAAUAUAAUGGUCUGUUAUUUGUCUAAGGUUAUUUAUCUCGUUUUUUUUACCGAAGGUUAUAAAUUGUCUUAGGAUAUUUGGCUAGAGACAAUUGUCUAAAGUUAUUUGUCUAAGCUUAUUGUCUAAGAUCAUUUUCCUAAGGUUAUUUAUCUAAGGUUUAUUUGCUGAAGGUUAUUUAGCCUGUCAUUUGAUUAAGGUGAUUUGUUUAAGUUUAUUUGUCGAAGGUUAUUCGUCGUAGGUUAUUUGUCUAAAGUUCUAAAGUUACUUGGCUUAAGCCAUUUGUUAAAAUGUUAUUUGUCCAAUGUUUUAAAGUGAAUGGAUUUUAAUUAUAUUGUCCAUGUUCAAUUAUUCAGUUUACAUCAGUAAUAUUUCCAUUGUUCACCUUGACAAUGUAUUGCUUGGUUUAAUGAAUGUGGACAAAUAAUAACUUCAUGGUCAUUUUUAUUCAACACCAUUUUAUACAUGGCCACAAAUAACGGUUGUAAAGAUGUAAAGAUGUUAAUCCACUAACAAAUUUGAGCCAUUUUCUUAUAACGUUUAGAAAAAAUGUUGUUUUUUGUUUUAUUUUUUUACAUAUAAAUAACAUGUAUGCAUUUAGACUUUAGCAAAAUCCACUUGCCAGUCAUUUCCUCUUGCCUACUUCAGACUAUAACUUCUGAAGUGUUAAAUAUUUUUUUAAAGGAGUAAAGAAGAGGGGGAAUAAUUUUUAUCCUUUUAUAAUUUAUAAGUGUAUAACAAAGAGCACCUUUUACUGUUUUCUUUUUUACUAGAUAUUGCCUUUUCUUUUUAAACAUUUAACAAGACGCUAUUAUGCUUGAAGCUAUGCCUGGUCACCUGUUGGAGUUUGUUUGUAUGGGGUGGUGAAAUAGUGCAUAUACAAACAAUGUGCUAUUUUUUUGACAUCAAAUAAGCCCUUUAUUGGUCAAUUGAAUGGUAAAAUGACAACCAGCGUUGUGUCAAUUGUUUAUGAAGGCUUUAACCUUUUAGCCUGCUUGUAUAAUGUACGUUUUGAUUUCUAUUGCUUUAGGUGUUUUAGCUUGUCAGUCUUUCGGGACAGAAGAGUUAAUUCAUAUGGGAAGUCUUGUUGCUGUCGUCGCUUGUAGCAGCGACAGCCCACCUUGUCUGCAAAAAACGUUAAAAAUAUUUAAACGGAACUGAUUAUAAUGGACUAAACAUAUAAUAAGUGAUUUUUUUUUGUUUCUCUUCUAACUUAAAGCCAUAGACCUAGAUGCCAAAGAGAAAAAAUAUGAAAAGAAAUAUAAAACAAUCUUCAAAAUAUUUUAGAAUAUGAAACCAUUUUCAUUCAUACAUGGUCCUACUGGGAACGAUUACUUUAAAACACCAUGUUUACAUUUCAUUCUUAAAUUUUAAAGCUUCAAAAUAACAAACAUGUAUCAAAUAAUAUACGCAAGUAUGUGAUUGUAGUUUGAGUGUAAAAUAUUCAAUCAACUCUGGCUCCAAAACUGUUGAACACGUGUCGCACAUAUAAGUAGAAUAACAUGUUCUUAUGUUCAUGUUAGCCAUACAACCUGAAGUUUAUCAAAGCUUUUUUGUUCUUCACUUCUAGCCAUGCCAGCUCAAGUUUAUCCAAGCCUUUUUGUUCUACUUCUAGCCAUGCCAGCUCAAGUUUAUCCAAGCCUUUUUGUUCUUCACUUCUAGCCAUGCCAGCUCAAGUUUAUCAAAGCCUUUUUGUUCUUCACUUCUAGCCAUGCCAGCUCAAGUUUAUCAAAGCCUUUUUGUUCUUCACUUCCAGCCAUGCCAGCUCAAGUUUAUCAAAGCUUUUUCGUUCUUCACUUCUAGCCGUGCCAACUCAAGUUUAUCCAAGCCUUUUUGUUCUUCACUUCUAGCCAUGCCAGCUCAAGUUUAUCAAAGCUUUUUUGUUCUUCACUUCUAGCCAUGCCAGCUCAAGUUUAUCCAAGCCUUUUUGUUCUUCUUCUAGCCAUGCCAGCUCAAGUUUACCCAAGCCUUUUUGUUCUUCACUUCUAGCCAUGCCAGCUCAAGUUUAUCCAAGCCUUUUUGUUCUUCACUUCUAGCCAUGCCAGCUCAAGUUUAUCAAAGCCUUUUUGUUCUUCACUUCUAGCCAUGCCAGCUCAAGUUUAUCAAAGCUUUUUUGUUCUUCACUUCUAGCUGUGCCAACUCAAGUUUAUCCAAGCCUUUUUGUUCUUCACUUCUAGCCGUGCCAACUCAAGUUUAUCCAAGCCUUUUUGUUCUUCACUUCUGGCCGUGCCAACUCAUGUUUAUCCAAGUCUUUUUGCUUUGCACUUCUAGCCGUGCCAACUAAAGUUUAUCCAAGCCUUUUUUGUUCUUCACUUCUUGCCGUGCCAACUCAAGUUUAUACAAGCCUUUUUGUUCUUCACUUCUAAACGUGCCAACUCAAGUUUAUACAAGCCUUUUUAGGUCUUCACUUAUAGGAGUGCAAAAAGAAAUUAAUCUAUGGCAUUUUGGUUUACACUUCAAGCCAUAAACUACAGUUAAUCCAAGCCUUUUUGUUCUGCACUUCUAGCCGUGCCAACUCAGAUUUAUCCAAGACUUAAUGGUCUGCACAUCUAAUCAUGCAAACUCUAAUAAUCCAGAAUUUUUUAGGUCUGCACUUCUAGCCGUGCAACCUCCAGUUAAUCCAAGCCUUUUGGGUCUGCACUUCAAGCCAUGCAAAUUCAAGUUAAUUCAAGCCCUUUUAGUCUUGGGAAGAGUUUGUACUUGCUGAUACAUUUUUUUCAGUGCAAUGUUUAAAUGUUAUAAAUAUACAUUGGUUGAAAAUGUUUUUGUUACCGAUAAUACUUAGAUGUGUUAUUAUGUUAUAGGUAGCUGUCUCUUAAAUGGUUAACUAUGAAUACUUUAGGUUUUAUAUAUUGCUGUUGUUGUUGUUGUUGUUGUUGUUGUUUUUAAAACCAGUGAUGUGGUUAUUAUGCAAAUCAAUUUCAAAAUGUUUUGAUAUUAAUGGUAUUUGUAAAAAAAGUGUGGUUGAAAUGGCCUUGGAUUUAAUAUACUGUCAACGAUAAAAGGCCAUCAUUCAACAAAUUAUUUGUUUUCAGUGGUCUUAAUAAGCCAUGAAAAAAAUGUAUCACCCCAAGAGUAGGCAAAACAAUGUUAACUAGUAUUGGCCUGAACUUUGUUAAAGUUAACAACGUUGUUAACAGAAUUGCAGUUAACUUUUAAAGAGGAAAUAUUUCAUGAUUUGCAUAUAAAUUAAAAUAAAACUUAAGCAACGAUGAAACAGUUGUCUCAGACUUUGUAAGAAGUACCGCAGAUCACAAAACUGUCCAUAUAACUUUCUAAAAAAACAACAACAAUGACGUUCAAAACAUCUUAGCUUCAACAAAUUUCUGAUUAUUCGGCUCUAUGUCUUUAGUGCAUUUCAAGUUAUCACUUUGUUACAAAAAAAUCCUGACCUAAAAGUCAAGUUAAAACCAGUUGGAAAUACUAUAAAUUCUAACAAUGUUCUAUAAUUUUUUGUUCUUAUUGUGUACAAAUCAUGUUUUCUAUUGUUUGAUGACUUACAUGUUUAUGGGUCCUGUUUCAUAUACGGGCAUAAAUUAGUGUUCUUCUUUAUAUAUGUGUUGUCUAUUUUCAUCUCAAGAGUUUAUGCUACUGUUGUAUUGUUCACAUUUCCUACUUUUACACUUAAUAUGAAUGCAAAUAAAAGUUGAUUUA